UACCCUUGAGUUUGGUAUGUCACGAACACUUGUGAGCACUGGCUUAUAUAGAAUAAUCCACGCUUGCGAAAGAAAGCGUUUCUCUUGUCCCCCUUAUAAUCUAGCUCAGCCUUUGAGUCCCUUGCGAGAUUGGAAAUAAUGGGCAGCCCUAAGGUGAUUGGGGCUGCAUUCUUGAUUUUGCUGCUUGUGGACCUCGCCUUUGCUGCUAGGUCGAUACCAAAGGCUGUGGUGAAUAAGAAAAGUGGAGGAGGUGGUGGUGGUGGUGGUGGAGGAGGAGGCAGCGGUGGCGGUGGAGGAAAGGGCGUCUCCGGCUCAGGAUAUGGGUCUGGGUAUGGCUCGGGGAGUGGUUCAGGCUACGGUGGUGAUGGAGGAGGUUAUGGUGGUGGAGGCGGCGGUGGCGGUGGCAAAGGCGGAGGUGGAGGGAUUGGCGGCUCGGGUUCCGGGUACGGGUCGGGGAGUGGCUCCGGAUAUGGAUCCGGGGGUGGGAUAGGGAGUGGAGGUGGUGGUGGCGGAGGUGGAGGUGGAGGAGGUGGCGGUGGAGGUGGAGGCUCGGGGUCGGGAAGCGGCUCCGGCUCCGGCUAUGGAAGCGGCAGUGGAUAUGGCAGCGGUGGCGGAAGAGGCGGAGGCGGUGGAGGAGGAGGGGGCAGUGGAGGAGGUGGCGGUGGUGGCAGCGGGGGUGGCUCAGGCUAUGGGAGUGGCUCUGGAUACGGGUCAGGGUACGGCUCAGGGUACGGUGGUGGUCCUGGCGGAGGAUACAAUGAUCGGCCGUGAAGACGAGUUACUUUCAUUUCUUCUGGUUUGAGCUUAGAACACUAGGUAUUUGCAUUCCGAUAAUAAAGGCGCAGGGACAUCUUUACCGCGACGCCGCUUGCAUGCAUGGACUCGUUGGGGUGGCUAUACAUUGCUCAUGUUUAAUCAAUGCCUGUAAUUUUGGUUUUUUAUUUUUCCAUCUUAAUUCUACAUGUUCAACGUUAAAAGAGUUAUCACUGUUGGAUAACUUACCUUCUUAAUAAUAAAGAGCAUUAUCUUUGUCAAAUUA